AUGGAGCCAUUGAUCACAGACGAGAAGCCCCGGUAUGCUCGUUUGCACGGCGAUGAUGAGAACAUCCCUGAGAAUCCAGAAGCAUUAGCCCUCAUACGGAAGUGGAAACGGAGAUUCUACGUCCUGCUCGCUUCAUCUCUUUCCUUCAUUACAAUCCUCUGCGGUGUUGGAGUCUACAGCAUCUUGUCAUUGCAAGACUCACCGGCUCCGGUACAAUAUGUCAAUAAAUGGCUGACUGGGGACCCGGACACCAAAAAGUUCAUGGGCAAACCUCGUCCUGAACUCGACCAAGCAUGGCAUGACCUCCUUGACAGCACUCUGAUCAAGUACUCAGCCGAUGAGCUCUUCCUCGCCAAUAACGCCACCUCAGUCCAGCACAAAGAUGGCGGCUUCGUCGGCGGGCUGGGUAUUUCCCAUUCUUUGCAUUGCCUUAAACGGCUGAAGCAAUAUCUACACCCCGAGUACUACUACGGCCAUGAGGCGCAAGAUUGGGACGAGCUCUACUCACACGUCGAUCACUGUCUUGAGUCGUUACGUCAGGAGAUCUUGUGCAAUGCCGACGUGAAUGUCUACACCCUGAAGUGGACGCCACACAGCCGGUUCAAGCCUACGGUAAAGGUGCCACAGCCGCAUGCCUGUGUCGAUUGGGAGGCGCUGCAUGGCUGGAUGAAGGGAAGGCAGGCUAGGUUGGAGGAUAUAGUCGGUCCGCCCGAGAGUUUGUUUGAGGGGAAAGAUUCCAAGGAGACAGGGACAAUGUCCGCCAACGAUUACUACAACAACAACAACAACAACAGCUCCACCUCAGGCCCCGGCCAUCAACAGCCCUCCUCCGACACUCAACACGCCCCCAACCAAUCCCAAUCCCAUAGCUACCCUCCCCAAGGCCAAGCUCACCUCCACUCGUACGACAACCAUUUUCAACUCCAAGACCACGCCGGUCGUCGUCGCAGCUCCGCCAUCUCCAUCCCCGCCGGUGCUGCCGGCGUCAGCUUGAACCCCCAUCUCGCUCAGGGUUUUCUGCAACAUCAAGUCCCGAACAACACCCCCGCCAACCAUAGUGGUACCUCUUCCGUUCAACAUGGUCAUCAUCCUAACACCAGCCACUUUUGUCCGGUGGGACAAGACUCGCACAACACCAGCACCUCCAACGUUCUCAACGGUCCCAACGCCAACGAACCCCACGGUUAUAACGGCCCCAACGCUCCCAACGCUCCCAACGGCCCAGACGGAGAGCGCGGUCUCGGCGCCACCCUCGUCGGCGGAGCAAGCGGUCACUUCCUCGCUCACCAGCUCGGCCAUGGCCAUCACGGUGUCCUCGGAAGCACUGCGGGGGCGGUGGCUGCUAAUUUGUUGGAGCACCAGUUGAAGAAGAGCCACCACAAUGAUCACCACAAUGAUCACCACAAUCAGAAUCAGCAUGCUCAUGAUUUGGGGCAUAACGGAGGAGGUGGGAGAGGAGGGUUGAGUGGGAUGUUUGGUGGUGGGCAUCAUAAUCUUCAACAACAGGCACAGCAGCAUCACUACCCGGCUACGCACGCUGGAGGGGUUGGGUAUGAGCAACACGGACAAGGAUAUGGUCAAGGAGAUGUUCAUCAAGAGCACCAUGGACAUGGAAAGCAUGGGAGGUGGGGUCAUUAA